AUGAAGACCUUCACCCUCCUCUGCCUUUUCGCCUCCGCCAUCGCAGCUCCAGCUCCCCAAGCCUCUGGCACCACCAACUGCGCCGCCAUCCAAACGAAGCUCGAGCAGGGCAUCCAAGCCAACCUCGACAUUCAAGCCCGAGAGCUAAAAGGGUAUGCUUACUCCCCUUCCGCACAAAAUUCCACAAUACUGACAGGUGCCCCCCUCAGCGUGUACGCCUUAAAACUUCAAGCCGGAACCGCCGGAUUCAACGCCACCCAAACUUCCGUUCUUGCAAUCCAACAACGUGGCGUCGACAUUCGCGCCAACAACCAGAAACUCGCCAAGGAGAUCAACAGCCCGGCUGCUGAUGGACUGGCUAUCGUAGCUGGUGCGCAGACCAAAGAGAUUGGUCAGGUCAAGAAUUUGAAGGGUAAUGCAGCGGCGGAUGGAGAGACGAUCAAGAUGUUGGUGCAGGAGGUCAUGGAUGGGACGAUGCAGAAUCAGAAGAACUUACAGGCGGCAAAGGGUCAGGUUUGUGCGAAGUAG